UAUUGCAUCAUGCACUUAUGCUCGUUGCUGGUGUACGAAUGUACGAUGCACACGUAGAUUGUACAUAAUACGCGUAGAACAUAAUGUUCAUAUUUUGACUAUAAUCGUUCUGGUCCAAGGCAAACAGUGGUUAUUAGUUAUUACAUCGCUUGUCGUCGUCGGUCAUGAAUAUAAUUCAGUGAAUAAUCAGUCGGUGUACCAAUAUAUAGUAUCAACAUAAAUAUAUUGUUUUCAUCACAAUUCCAAAAGUAUCGCAAUUUUCUAUAUUUCAUCGACAUGCAGGAUUCUACGAUUCUCAGUACGAAAAUGCACCUCUUGGACGGUAGUUUCAUCAGUGGAGUUUGGCCGUAUGCAGACCACGACAAUGUCAUAAAACAUCCACUUUGGGGGUCAAAUUUGCUGCUCACCAACGAAGAAGCUGUUGUCAAUUGUCACAGAGAUUAUAUCAAAGCUGGAGCGGAAUUUCUGACCACAAACACAUACCAGGCGAGUAUCGAAGGCUUUCAAAAAUUCUUAGACUUAAACUUUGAUCAGAGCUUUGAAUUGAUUAAAAAUUCUGUCGCGAUUUGUCGACGAGCAAUAAUGAAAGAAAGUUCUGAGUGGACAAUUCGAAUAAUGGGAUCGGUUGGUCCGUACGGCGCUUCACUGUGCGAUGGUUCCGAAUACAAUGGAAAUUAUAUUGACAAAAUUGAUUUAAAAGAACUUUACGAAUGGCAUAAACCUCGGAUCCAAGCAUUAGUGGAGGCUGGUGUCGAUGUGCUACUUUUCGAAACGAUUCCUUCGACCGGCGAGGCUGAAAUUUUGCUAAACAUACUAUCCGAGUUCCCAAAUCAAAAAGCAUGCUUGUCGUUCUCGUGUAAGGACAGCAAACAUAUAAGUCACGGUGAGACAUUUGCAAGCGCUGUUGAAAAGUUCUGGUCGAAUGAUUCCCGAAAACAGUUGAUUGCUAUUGGCAUGAACUGUCUGGACCCAGCACUUAUAACACCACUUUUGAUGUCCGUAAAAACUGAAAAUGUCGAUUUUAUUACUUAUCCAAAUGGCGGUGGCAUAUGGGAUGCUGUUAAAAAAUGUUGGGAUAAUACUAAAACAUAUCAAAUUUCCAUCGAGGAUCUGGACUUGUGGAGUAAAAAAGGUCUAAAAAUAAUUGGUGGUUGUUGCAACACCGAUGCAACUCAAAUAUCACGUUUUAGAUACUUAAUUGACAACUUAUCUUCCUAAUAAUAAAUUUGUAUCACUAUUAA